GUUGAGGCUUGCGCUUGCGCCACGAAGGAACGAAGCAAAGAUCGAGAAACGUGGAGAUCAAGAACAUCUUUGAGAUCGACUGUAGUAACACAACAUGAUCGUCGCACGAGAUAAAGAUCCUGACGCUACUAGUACACAAGAAAUUGAUAAGGUUGUUGUACAUGAAAAAAAGUUUGCUUUUCGACGAGUAUCUUUUUGUUAUUCCAGGCUGUAAAAAUAUAACGCGUUUCACUUUUUUUACCAUACUGAGACUCACCAGCUUGUGCGACAACUACACUUACGGACUCAAUAGCACGUCGACCACACUUUAGUUACAACCAGAGAACCUGAAUUCAUAGAAUAAAGCGACCUCCCACAUUUAUUUUCAUUUAGAGAAGCUAUACAAGAAUCUCGGUAAGAAAAUGCCCUCCAUAGACCUGGAGACCGUGAACGCGCUUCACAAAACGAAGGCGGAGAUCGUUGCGGCCUAUUGCAACGCCGAUGUGAAGACCAAGGAGCAGGCCGCCGGGCAAACGGUCGCGAAGAUUGGCAACAGCUAUUCUGAGUAAAAACGUACCCACACCAUAGUCAAGAUGGGGAAUCGGCUAGACAAGUCCACAAGUUUUGGCUGUUUUGCAUGACAAAUUUGGAUUCGUAGUGUAGUGCUGUUUGAGCCUGCUCAGCAGCAUCACAGAUCUAGCAUACCAUGCUGAUUGGAGCAUGACAAAUUGCAAAACACGACUAGAAAACGCUUCCCAUGGGGCUCCGCAUGAGAAACAUUUUCAGCAUGCAGAUUUGCAAUACAACUCUGGUGUGCGUACGCUUUUACUCAGGAUAACAGCAGCAUCACGUUCAUUGCCCCGAUUUUGAAGCAUAUCAAAUGCAAAAAUGUCUGGGUCUGGAAGAAUGCAAGAUUUGUGAUGCAGGUUUUCCAUGACCCAUGAGGCCUGGCAUGCAGCGCCUAGCAUGAGAGAUGCUGUGAGAUGUCCAUCAUGCCUAUCCUGCAUGAGAAACUCAAACUCCCUGUCAACCUGGUCAAAGGCGGACAUCUUUUGGCAAUCAUGCAACACAAAUUUUUGCAUGAUCCAGACUCAGCAUGACAAGUUGCAAUCUUCCAGACGUAGACACUUUUGCAUUUGAUAAAGCAGAUCUGCCAGCAGUUCGGCAAGGACAAGCAGGAUUUCUUGCUCGGCGGCUCGCUGUAUGAAGUGCAAAAGCAUCGUACUAGUAUAAAUUGCAUUACAAAUUAGCCCAGCAUUACAAAUUAAAUUUGUAAUGCUGAUUUACCUUGAGAAAGAGAUUUGUAUUUGUAAUGCAUAAAUGCAAUUACUACGAGUACGAUACUUUUGCACAGGAUACGCUGCAGGAGCAGGCGGAAGUGGACUCCUGGUUGGAGUUUUGCGAGCAGGAGGUCGAGGUGCGGAUGGGCAAGGCCUUGACCGAGCUGAUCACCAACGUGCUGGAGCCGCAUUUCGUGAAGAAAACCUUCCUCACGUCGGUGGAGCGCAUCACGGUGGCGGAUGUCAGUCUCGCGAUUUCGCUCUACCCGAAGAUGUCUUCCGGGGCACUGGGGUUGGAGUCCUAUGAAAUGUAAAUAUGUCUGGGUCUGGAAGAGUAGGAGCUUGUCAUGCGAAUUCUGCAAUAGGCAAAAAUAAAAAUUUGUAUUGCAUAAGCACCAAAAGCUUCCCAUUUUUUGCUACACAGAUAGGGAAUUUCUCAUGCGGGAUAGACAUCAGAGGCCUGCGCAAAACCUGUAAAGCUUUUGCGUGCAUUAGGGACCAGUUGCGUGAUCCACAAAAUGCAUGACAAACUCCCGCAAGAAUUUUCCAGACCCAGACAUUUUUGCAUUUUAUAAGUCCUGCGUCGCCACAAAACGGUGGUUCAACACCUGCCUGCACCAGCCGGAGUUUCAGAAAGUUUUGAAGCAGCAAAAGGUGUUGAGUUUACCCAGCAGCAACAUGACAACGGCGACAACUUCCAGCUCGGCGUCUUCAUCCAAAACCAGUGAAAAUUUGAUGCUGAAGCCCUAUCAAAUGCAAAAGUGUCUGGGUCUGGAAGAAUGCAUGUUUGUCAUGCUUGUCUGGCAUGACUCUUAAAUCUGUCAUGCGCGUUACCCAAGAGCUCCAUUUUUCUGUGAUGCAGGAACGCAGUUUGUCAUGCAGAAUAGGCAACACCUAGAAGCUCAGAAACUUGUCAUGCUGAGCCAGCAUUUGUGGCCUCAUCAUGAGACGCCACCCAGCAUCACAAGUUUCCAGACUCAGACACUUUUACAUUUGAUAAGCCCGAGGACCGACCCAUUGUGCAGCAUUACUCGCAGUGCUCCUCUGUGAUCGGGGGGAGAACAAGGAUCGGACGGUAUCCAAUGUAAAAACGUCCCCACUUCCCCAGAGUCAAGAUGGGAAAUCGGCUAGACAAGUCCACGAGUUUUGACUGUUUUGCAUGACAAAUUUAGAGUCGCAGUGUAGAAGUGCUCUUUGAGGUAGUUCAGCAACAUCACAGAGCUAGUAUAUCAUGCUGAUUGGCGCAUUACAAAUUUCAAAACACGACCAGGAAAUGCUUCUCAUGGGGCUCCGCAUGACAAACAUUUUCAGCAUGCAGAUUUGCAUGACAACUCUGGGGUCGUGGGGGCAUUUUUCACUGUAAUAGACGGAUCCACUUGGCGGAGGACCAGGGCAAGAGUUUGAUCGGGCAGAAACUCGUGAUCUGCGGCUGGGUGAAGAAGAUGCGAGAGCAGUAUCAAAUGCAAUAUAUGUCUGGGUCUGGAAGGUUGUAACUUGUGAUGCUGUCUUCGGAUUCGAAAAAAAUCUGUAAUGCAUGACCACCAAGAGGAGUCCAGUUUUUGCCACGGCGAGAGGGCAUAUCUACUGCGGAACAAGCAUCAUGAAGCUCUCUCAAAAUCUGUGAUGCUAGAUCAUGCAUUACAGACCUCAUGGGUCAUGGAAAACCUGCAUGACAAUGAAGUCUUCCGCUCUUCCAGACCCAGACAUAUUUGCAUUUGAUAAGCAGGCUGAGUUUACGUUUUUGGAGAUCAACGACGGCAGCUGCUUCCAGGACAUGCAGUGUGUAGUGGACAAGAGCUGCAAAGGGUAUAGAAUAUAGCCGCGAUGAUGAUGAACUAGGAGAAUUUAUUUUUCGUGUGGUGGUCUCUGCAGCACAGGUGAUUUUCAAUUUGAUUUUAUUUCCUGCUCCUCGUCGCGCAUGACAAACUACACUUCGACUUCUCUAAAGAUAUUUGGUAAAUGCUAUUAUUUCCAUGUACCAAAUCCAGGUACGACACACUGAAAGGGCAGGUGAACACGGGCGCCAGCGUAAAAUGCUUUGGGCAGCUUGUGGAGUCCCCGGCGAAAGGGCAGGUGGUGGAGAUGGCCUUGAAAGAAAACGACGAAGUUACCGUUCUCGGUUAUGGUAGUGUCAGGAUUGAAAUCUUCAAAGUUGAAAGAAUUUCUCAUGCAUGAAUUGCAAGGCGUGAAGUGUCUCUCUUGCAGUGAUGGCAAGCGAGGCCGACUGUCAGCCUGUUUGGGGUCUGCGACAGAGCUGCUAAAGUAGCAUGACAAAGGAUGCCUUCUUUCGCUACACAGCAUGACACACUGGAUUUAGACGGUGCCGAAAUUUGUCAUGCGCCGCUUAGAAAUUGGGCUUCCAACUGGUAUCGAUUUUAUGCAUCACAAAUUUUUCAACUUUGUCAAUUUCAAUCCUGACAGUUCCAUAUCGGGUCCGUCGACGCAGCGGUCUAUCCCCUCCCACCGAAACCGCACUCCCGCGAGCACCUGCGCACCAACGCUAUCAAGGGUAAAAGCAUCGUGCUCGUAUAUGAAAAUCGCUGUCAUGCAUUACAAAUUAUCGCGUUCUUCCCAACGUGAAUCAGCAUGACAAAAUCCAUUUCUUAAAAUGAGGAUAUUUGUCAUGCGAUUUCUACUACUUAGUGCGAUGCUUUUGCAAAAAUCCAUAAACGCGCACCUGCGACCACGGUCGAACUUGAUCGGCGCGGUACUUAUUGUUGUGAGAACGAUUUAUAUGCAAGAAAAAACUGUUUCACUGUGAACUUGUGAUGCAGAAAAUGGAACACAGAACUAUUUGUCUUGCUACACCUGCAAGACACUGGAUUUGCAAGCGUGUUUUCCCUUGGGAAGCGCGCAUGACAAAUUUUCAGUGGCAUGUGUAACAAACUUGUGAUGCAGAAGAUCUUGCAAAAUCAUCACAGUGAAACACUUUUUUCGUGGGAUAGAUUUAUGAGAUUGUCCGACUCAUCUUACCGCAGUAUGCUAUGAAUGCGCCCCCGGAGAUCGCUUACGUAGUCUAAGAGUAAAAGAGUAGAAGUCGUCUGUACUAUUGUAUGUGUCACUACGUCACAAACAAAUGAAAAAUCGUAUAUCAUUUCUUUCUUACGACCUCAGGUCGCCCGGGUCCGUUCUUCCCUUGCCUACGCCACGCACGAGUUUUUCCGCCGACGGGGCUUUCUCUACGUGCACACGCCCCUGAUUACCGCGUCGGACUGCGAGGGCGCGGGCGAGAUGUUCCAAGUGACCACCCUGUUUGACUCCUUACCAAAUGCAAAAAUGUCGGGGUCUGGAAGAUUGCGAGACUUGUCAUGCUUGUCUGGCAUGAGGAAAAAGUUUGUGAUGCGUGUCCAAGAAGAUGAGACCCUUUUGCCUGUCAUGCAAAAAGAAAAACGCAGUUUGUCAUGCGAAAAACGCAACACAAAAAAGCGCAGAUAUAAUUUCUCAUGCUUGCCUGUGCAUUACAGUUGCUUUCAUUAUUCACAACUCAGCAUUUUUACAAGUUUCCAGACAUCCAGACAUAUUUGCAGUUGAUACUCCUUCAAGAAAAACAAAAGCGAAGAAGGCUAUGUACCCUUCCCGAAGGACCCGAACUCGGUCGAUUACUCGAAGGACUUUUUCAAGGCGAAAAGCUACUUGACCGUGAGUGGGCAGGUAUACGAGGAAAAGUCUCAAAUUUGUUUGAUGGCACGACUAGUACUUGCGGAGGUCAUCUUUUGUGCUUUUUAAAGUAAUCUAUCAUCUACGCUGCAAGAAGAACAGGAGAAACUACAUGCUGAUCAUUGUUGCCUCUGUAUGACAAACAUAAACUGUUUGACAAAUGCAAAUUCAGCUUGCUGUAGAGAACUACUGCUGCGCUUUGUCGGAUGUGUACACGUUUGGCCCGACCUUCCGCGCGGAGAACUCGCACACGGGCCGGCACUUGGCAGAAUUCUGGAUGAUUGAGCCGGAGCUGGCGUUUGCCGACUUGCCGGAUGUCAUGCAGUUACGCGUUGGAAGAGCACGUACACGUUCCAACUAUGUAUAGGAAUUUUUGCAUCACAAAUUUUGAUUCUAUUGCUGGUGAGAAACAAAACUUAUACUUCUGUCGCAGUCUGUAAUGCGCAAGAAGAAGGGGGAAGGAGAUACAUUUGCCAUGCAAGAAUCCAAUUAAUACGAGUAGAGUGCUUUUGCAACCUGCAUAGCGGUGCGCGGAGGACUACUUGAAGUUUUGCGUCCAGUAUGCCGUUGACAACUGCUACACAGACUUGCAGUUUUUUGACAAACAGGUACUGAUUGAUUUGCCAUGCGUUUUGCUGCAUAGAAUGCACAGAACAGAAGGGGAAGAAGUUGUCAUGCACAAGGCAGGAUUACAAGCCAUGUCUCUCAUGCAAGAACUUGCAUAACAUAUUCAAGUAGAAUCCCCACAAAUUCAAUACAACAGAUCGAGAAGGGUCUCCUCGACCGGCUGAAGAACCUGCUGGAGAACCCCUUCGGCCGACUUUCUUACACCGAGGCCAUUGACCUGCUGACGAAGGAAGUGAAAAACGGCAAAUUUUUGAAGUACCUGGAAAAAAACUACGCGGAUCACAAGAAAUCCUUCCCGCAGCUGCUGACCAUCGAGUGGGGCAUGGAUCUGAACUCGGCCCACGAAAAGUACAUCGCCGAAGAGUACUUCAAGAGGCCCGGUAUAGGAUUUUGGAAGAUUAUGAUUCUUGCAUGGGAAAUGUGUAGUUGUCAUGCAGUAGUACCUGGUACUUGUACUACCAGGUACACCUACUACAGUAAGGCGGAAAUAACAGCAUGUUGAAACGUUGCCGAGUGAGUUUAAAAGUGUGAACUCUGUCAUGCAAGAACCACAUCGAGUCAUUACUUUAACUUUUGUCUAAAAUGUAGAAACCACUAUAAAACAUCAUACAGUCGCUGUCUACAACUACCCGGCUGCAUAUGGAGAGAAAAAAGUUUGUCACAGUCACUAACUUGGAGGUUUUGCAUUACAAAUUUUUGUAGCGUCACAGCUUUGCCUUGUAUUGCAGAAACACGAAGGGAAAUCCCGUAUGAAGUUUGGCUGUGAUGCAUUUUUACGCAUGACAGGCAUGUUUUUUUAUUGCAAAAAUGCCGGUAAGAGAUCGUGACGAACUUUUUUCUUUUGAUAUUGCAAUCAAGUCGUUCUACAUGCGCGCCAACGAGGACGGAAAAACGUGCGCCGCCAUGGAUAUGGGAGUGUCAGGACCGAAAUCGACAAAGUUGAAAAAUCUUGUAAUGCAUAAAAUGCAAGCCACAGAAUGCCUGUAUUGGACAGCAGGGAAGUGAGGCCGAUUGUACGCCUGUAUACAUAGGCAAAUUGAGGGAUAGAUAUAGCGCUGCUACUCUAGCAUGACAGAAGCGGUCUCCUUUGCCCAAACAGCAUUACAGACUGGAUUUCGGUAGAGCAAAGAUUUGUCAUGCGCCGCUUGAAAAUUGGGGGUCCAACUGGGAUCGAUUUUAUUCAUUACAGAUUAGUUCGACUUUGUCGAUUUCGAUGCUGACACACCCAUAAUGGACGUCUUAGCCCCGCUCGUGGGUGAGGUUAUCGGGGGGAGUCAGCGUGAGGAACGGUACGAUGUGCUGGUCGACAAAAUCGAGAAGAACGGCCUGGAGGCGCAGGACUACUGGUGGUACCUGGACCUCCGCAAGUACGGGACCGUCCCCCACGGCGGGUUUGGCUUGGGUUUAUCAAAGUGAAAAAUCCCCCCUCCCCAUAUCAAAAUGGAAAUUUGUCAUGCUGAUUUGUGGUCACAAAUCACCUCUGUCUUGCCUAUAGCGGAAUGGGAGCCGUGUGGCGCAUCCUACAGCCAGUCUGUGAUGCGCGUUCGACUACUGCAACCCUGUUUUCCAUGCCUAAUUGCUAGCCUUUUGGUGCAUACUCUAACAGGCUUGGAAAAUACCGCCAAGCACUUUCUGCAAGACAGAGCUGAUUUGUGGUCACAAAUCAGCAUCACGAAUUUUCAUCUUGAUAUGCGGAGGGGGGAUUUUUCCUCACAAUAGGGUUUCGAGCGGCUGAUCAUGCUGACCACCGGGAUCGACAACAUUCGCGACGUGAUUCCGUUCCCGCGGUACCCGGGCCACGCGGAGUUUUAAGACCACGGCUUUGAGUUGUACUACAGGCGGAUAUCGCAAGAAAAAAGUGUUACAGUUACACAUUGUGUUGCAGACCAAGCAAGACAGACAAGCUCUGUCAUGCAGGAUAUGCAUAGGAGCCUCGUUUCAUGGGUGUUUUCCCCUAGGAUUUCUGCAUUGCAAAUUUUCUCUCUCAUGCAGAGAAAUUUGUGUUGCUGAAUUGACAGCAAAUGUGUAACUGUAACACUUUUUUCGUGGGAUAGCGGAAGAUCAUAUUUUAUUCGUCUGGCAUCGAGAACACCAGAAGUGGGACCACGACGUUAAUGCUCACAGUGAAGAAAGAAGACUACUUCGCUCGUACGUGGUAAACGCCUAGAAAAAUCAGGGAACAAAGACGAAGACGAUCUACUAGUUCCUACUUAGUGCUCAGCCAGUGUUUUUGAAAAAGAGUGACGCGCUUCGCCUUGUUUCCAGAAUGCGGGCUUGAACGCAUGUUGUUGGGCGGGCUACAGACCGAACCGCAACCAGAGAGUAGACUUAUUGUUUAUUCAAUAGAGAAGAUGCAAGAAUGAAGCGCCUUCGUGAAGAUAGAUCGUAUUAUUGCAAGUUCGCCUACGGUGGACUACAUUUUCACACGUGGUUGGUAGACUAGAGAAGAUGAGCACUACACUGCUGGAGAAUAUUCUAAAAAGUCUGGAAUGUCAACGUCAAGUCACACGAUGAUGGUUUAUGAGAAUCAAAAUUGCGCAAAAAAAUUGAAUCGACAGAACAACUGACCUCGCCCAACAU